AUGGCGCCUCCCGUGGAUGAGGAGAAGGAUGUCUCUCGAGCACUCGAACAGGACAAUGUCGACCAAACGGAUCUGGAGAAAAAUGACAAGUCGUCACAGUUCUUGCAGGUACCCAACCAGCCUGGACAGCUUGGUCGGACCAGAAGUGAUGCCAGUACGACCUUAUCGAGGAUAGAAUCGACGGCGACAGAAAUGACCCAAGCCAGUACGGCGUACCCUGUGAAAACCACAGAACCCGAAAAUCUUCCCUGGUACCACAAGAUCAACCCGCUCAAACGAGGGCCCAUACCUCCUGUGCCAGAGAAGCGGGCAGUAUGCCCGGAAUACAACGCCGGGUUCUUCAGCCUGUUGACCUUUCAGUGGAUGCAAUCGUUGAUGUCGGUGGGCUACAAACGGACAGUCGAGUUUAAUGAUAUCUGGGAAGUGAAUCCAGAUAGGAGCUCCGAAACGAUGAUCAAUAGAAUGUUGCCAGCUUUCAAGGCAAGAACGGCUCGGGGAGAACAGAAUCCUCUCAUGUGGGCUCUUUUCGACACCUUUCGGGGCGAAUUCUUGUUUGGCGGAGUUUGCGCCCUGUUUUCAGCCUUGCUUCAGGUAUUCUCUCCCUUUGCGACACGGUACCUCAUUCAAUUUGCUGCAGAUGCCUGGAUCGCCGAUAGAACGGGCGGGCAGGCCCCUAACAUCGGCCAUGGAAUUGGCCUGGUCAUCGGGAUUACAUUUAUGCAGAUCUGUCAGACCACUGCCACCAACCAUUUUCUUUAUCGUGGUAUGAUGGUUGGAGGACAAGCAAGAGCAGUGCUGAUCAAUUCAAUUUUCGAAAAAUCGUUGAAGAUCUCCGCCAGGGCGAAAGCUGGAGGAAAGGCUGUCGAAGGCGCCGAAAGUCAGGAGCAAGUUGAUGAGACGGUGACAGAAAAGUCCUCCGAUCGGCCAGCACUCGCUCGUGCUCUCUCUAAACGACUUCACCCCAAAGGAGGACCAAAAGUCACACCGGACAAAGCAGCUGGGAUUGCAGGCGAUGGUACUGGCUGGGGCAACGGCAAGAUCAUUAAUCUGAUGAGCGUUGAUACUUAUCGUGUUGAUCAAGCAUCGGGAAUGUUCCACAUCAUCUGGACUUCGCCAAUUCAACUCAUUGUUGUGCUCGUCGUUCUAUGCAUCAAUUUGGGCUACAGUGCCCUGGCAGGUUACGGAUUGAUUCUUGUGAUGAUGCCGAUUCUGGCCAGAACCAUCAGAUCACUAUUCGCCAGACGAAAGCAGAUCAACAAGAUAACCGACCAACGUGUCACUUUGACCCAGGAAAUCCUGAGUUCCGUACGUUUUGUCAAGUUCUUUGGUUGGGAGCUCAGUUUCUUGAAUCGCCUGAAGGAAUUGCGAAAACGUGAAAUCCGAGCGAUCCAGGUGUUGCUUUCAAUACGGAAUGCCAUCAACGCAAUAGCAAUGUCGAUGCCUGUGUUUGCAUCCAUGCUGGCAUUUAUCACAUACUCUGUUACGGACCACGGAUUAUCCCCCGCUCGAGUCUUUUCCUCCUUGGCUCUGUUCAACUCUUUGAGAAUGCCGCUCAAUUUGCUGCCUUUGGUCCUCGGCCAGACCACGGAUGCCCUCACAGCCCUGAAGCGAAUCCAAGAGUUUUUACUCAGCGAGGAGCAAGAAGAUCAGAUCACUUGGGACAAGGAGAUGCAUGACGCUGUGGAAGUACAACAUGCCUCCUUCACAUGGGAGCGAACUGUGACCCAAGAUAAGGAACGAGUCGGCACUUUCCAAACCAAGGGCGAACUCAAGGCCCAGAAGAACAAGAUGAAGGAAGACAAGAAGGCGGAAAAGGCAGCCAAGAGAGCAUCCAAGAAGCCAACUGCAUCCAACGAAGACGUAUCGAGUGAUAUCACCGAGAUCGAACCCUUCAAACUAUCGAGUAUCGACUUCACCGUUGGCAGAAAUGAGCUGGUCGCUGUUAUUGGCACGGUAGGCUCUGGUAAAUCAUCUCUACUGGCUGCUCUUGCCGGUGACAUGCGCAAAACCGGCGGGAAGGUGCUCAUGGCUUCGAGUCGCGCUUUCUGCCCUCAGUAUGCAUGGAUCCAGAACGCUACUUUGAAAGAAAACAUCUUGUUCGGCAAACCGUACAAGUCCAAAUGGUAUCGAAAUGUGGUCGAUGCCUGUGCACUAGGACCUGAUCUGGAAAUUCUGCCUGCAGGCGAUCAGACGGAAAUUGGAGAGAAAGGGAUAACACUGUCUGGCGGUCAAAAGCAACGUUUGAACAUCGCCCGGGCCAUCUACUUCGACGCGGAUAUUAUUCUUAUGGACGACCCUCUCUCGGCUGUCGAUGCGCAUGUUGGCCGCCACAUAAUGGACGAGGCAAUCUGUGGGCUCAUGAAGGAUAAAUGCCGGAUAUUAGCGACGCAUCAACUCCACGUCUUGAAUCGAUGUGAUCGAAUUAUCUGGAUGGAAGACGGCCACAUCCAAGCCAUCGAUACUUUCGACAAUCUCAUGAGCCAGAGUGUUGACUUCCAGAAGCUCAUGGCCACCACUGCACAAGAGGAAACGGUUGAUGCCAAGGCAGAUGAGAUUGAGGAGGGAGAGAAGAAGCCAGAGAAAAGGACUAAAAAGGGCAAGGCCGCUGCUCUGAUGCAACAAGAAGAACGUGCGGUCAAGUCGGUCAGCUGGAGUGUUUGGGGCGCCUAUAUCAAGGCAUCGGGUUCGCCGAUUCUUUGGCCGCUGAUAUUCAUUUUCUUGGUCUUGUCUCAAGGGUCCAAUAUCGCCACCAGUCUUUGGCUGAGUUGGUGGGUUAGUGAUCACUUCGGGUUCACCCAAGGUGCCUACAUUGGUGUAUACGCGGCGUUGGGCUUCUCUCAAGCCCUACUUCUUUAUCUGUUCUCGACCGUACUGUCAACGAGUGGCACGAAUGCGAGUAGAACGCUUCUCCAUCGAGCCAUAACCCGUGUGCUACGUGCGCCGAUGUCGUUCUUCGACACGACUCCCCUCGGACGAAUCACAAACCGAUUUUCCAAGGACGUGGACUCGAUGGACAACAGUUUGACCGAUGCGAUGCGUCUGUACUUUUUGACCCUGGCCAUGGUGGCCUCCAUCUUUGGUCUGAUCAUCGCAUACUUCUACUAUUUUGCUGUGGCGUUAGGACCCUUGUUCCUGCUCUUCUUGUUCGCAGCAGGAUAUUAUCGAGCCUCCGCCCGGGAGAUAAAACGGCACGAGUCGGUAUUACGAUCGACAGUCUUCGCUCGCUUCUCAGAAUCGGUCUCCGGGGUGGCAUCGAUCCGUGCAUAUGGAUUACAAAAGUACUUUGUGUCGAGGGUGCGAGACGCGAUCGACCAGAUGAAUUCCGCAUAUUACAUCACUUUUGCUAACCAACGCUGGGUCUCGACACGUCUUGACGCUAUUGGAAACAUUAUGGUCUUUGUGGUGGGAAUUCUCGUUGUGACCGAUCGAUUCAACGUCAAUCCUAGUAUUGCAGGAUUGGUCCUGUCGUACGUCCUCGCCAUCGUUCAAAUGAUCCAAUUCACGAUCCGACAAUUGGCCGAGGUGGAGAAUAAUAUGAAUGCUACGGAACGAAUUCAUUAUUACGGCACUCAGCUAGCAGAGGAAGCACCACCGAAGGACCGGGACGUCCCAGCUGCGUGGCCUCAAACCGGAGCCAUCACCUUUGACAAGGUUGAGAUGCGGUAUCGUCCAGAGCUGCCAUUGGUGCUGCAGGGCUUGGACUUUUCCAUCAGAGGUGGCGAACGGAUUGGAAUCGUUGGUCGGACAGGGGCGGGCAAGAGUUCGAUCAUGAGUGCUUUGUUCCGUCUGACUGAAUUGUCAGGCGGUCAAAUCAAGAUCGAUGAGAUCGACAUUGCGACCGUCGGGCUCCAGGACUUACGGUCGAGGUUGGCGAUCAUCCCGCAAGAUCCAACACUCUUCCGUGGCACCGUCCGAUCAAAUUUGGAUCCGUUCAACGAGCACACUGACCUUGAACUAUGGACCGCCUUACGAAAAGCCGAUCUGGUUGCGGAGGACGUUGACCCCAAAGACAAGACCCCACGACCGCAGACAGCAGAAACAGCAGCGACAUCGACAUCGAACGUGAACGGACCUCCAGCACCCAGCAGAAUUCACCUUGACAGCCAGGUUGAAGAAGAGGGUUUGAACUUUUCGCUCGGUCAGAGACAACUGAUGGCUCUGGCGAGAGCGUUGGUGCGAAAUUCACAAAUCAUCGUGUGCGACGAGGCCACUUCGUCUGUCGAUUUCGAGACGGACGAGAAAAUCCAGAAAACGAUGAGGACGGGCUUUGCAGGGAAGACGCUCCUCUGCAUCGCCCAUCGGUUGAAGACCAUCAUCAACUACGAUCGGAUCUGCGUCAUGGACAAGGGCCAGAUUGCCGAACUGGAUACACCAAUCAACUUAUUUGAAGCGAAUGGGAUUUUCCGCGGCAUGUGUGACAAAAGUCAUAUUAGACGAGACGAUUUCUUCUUGGAGAAUUGA